AUGCCUAGGUCAAAGGUGAAACUCGCGUUCAUAGUCAAUAAUUCUACAAGGAGGGCAGCAUACAGGAAAAGGAAGAAGGGAAUGCUGAAGAAGAUUGAUGAACUCAGCACCCUUUGUGGCAUUGAAGCAUGUGCUAUAAUUUAUAGUUCCUAUGAUCCUGAACCAGUGGCUUGGCCAUCUGAACGGGGUGUCCAUAAGGUGUUGGGAAGGUUAAAGAAUAUGUCUGAAUCGGAUCAGAAUAAAAAAAUGGUGAAUCAAAAGAGUUUGAUUACAAAGAAGAUUCAAAAGUGUCAAGAACAGUUGGAUAAACUUGUGAAGGAAAACAAAAAGAAGGAAAUGACCAUGUUUAUGAUUCAUUGCCUUAAUGCUGGGACGGUUCUACCUGAUAGCAUAAAGUUUGAUAUGAAUAAUAGUCAUGGGUUGGAUAUGGUUGCUAAUGCCAUGCAAUGGCAGCUAUUUAAGGAUUGGCUUAAUGAUGAUGAUGAGACAGUAGUGCCUCCAUCAUUUGGAGAUGCUAAUUAA